AUGGUGAUCAAAAAGCGCUGUCUCCUCUGGGACUGGACCAACAGCUCCGGUCCCGGCAACCCGGGCGUGCCAUGGGCCAUGAACCAAUGUGACUUCCACGGCCCCAUCUCCUCCGUGAGCAACUGGAACACCUGGACGCCGCCCGAACUGCACAACCGCGCCCCUUACCGCCCCAUGGUGCACCUCGAAGCGCAACUCUCCGGCGGCGACUGGCAGAACAUACUCAACAGCCACGAACCCAUCGUCCACUUCUUCAACGAGCCCGACAAGAACAACAUCCCCCCGCAGCGCGCGGCGCAGGCCUGGCACAGCCAGAUGGUGCCCCUGCGACGGCACGGGGGCAAGAAACUCGUCGGACCCUCCGUCUCCAACGACGAGAACGGCCAGCGCUGGCUCGAAGACUUCAUGCGCCUCACCGCCUCCGACCCUCCCGACUACGUCGGCCUCCACUACUACGGCGCCGACGGCGACGCUUGCAUUCGCUACCUCGAGGGCAUGCACGCCCGCUACCGUCGCCCGAUCAUCGUGUCCGAGAUUGCGUCCGUCGCCCGGGAUACCGCCAGCGUGUACGGCUUCACGAUCCGACUGGCCAACUUUAUGGACGAGACGGAGUGGAUCUUCGAGUAUGGGUUCUUUGGCUGCAUGCGGAAGCUGGCGGAUGGCUUCGUCAGUCCGGCGGCGCGGCUGAUGGAGCCGGAUGGGCGGUUUACGGAUUUGAUGAUGAAGUUGCAGUGGGAUCAGCCUGUUAAGCCGACUGCCAAGCUUUCAGGCCAGCCUCUUCUCUUCGGCGCAAACACUGGCAACCCCGGCGCCUUCACCAGCGAAUUCUCACUCUCCCAAUCGGGCGGCAGUGGCUCCUGCGGCGGAACCACGGUCAACGGCGUCGUAUGCGCAACUGAAGAAUCCGUUGAUGGCAACUUCAUUUUUGAUUUCAGCGCCAUCCUCAACAUCGGCGCCUCAACCCUUAGCACUUUGGAAAAUUCCUCCGGACAAUUCGGAUGCCCAGUCCCAAGCGAAAAUCCGGCUGUUGAAGCCGAUGCGCCGACCUAUGAAUACCCUGGGUAUCCGAAGACGCAGCCGUGCAAGUUGAACCCGCAGCAGAACGGUCUCGCUCAGUGCGCGCCAGAGACGAACACCUAUGGUAGGUUCAAUACGGAAAUGGUUCUGUUUUGCUUGAAUAGUCCCACGGUUGAGGCGCCCGCUGGUAAUCCGUACCCGGUGGCUUUUGAGUGA